CACCUCCACUUAGCUGCAUAUGUUCUCCUUAUCAUGGCAUGAUAUUAACAAAUGCCCAAAUGCCAGUCUGAAAAUUAAUCAAUCAAUCAAUUAAUGAGGGCUCUUGAAUUGUUGAUGACACUUCCAACCUGCAAAAUUAGUUUUAUUUGGCGCCUAUUAAGACCGAGUCUUCCAAUUAACCCUUACUGCUACCGGCAGCUGUGUACCACUUUGAGGAAAUCAGCCACGAUGGGUGUAUCGGAAGCUGAAUUAGUAUUGUAUGCAAUUAUAUUCGUUUGCAUAUUUGAAAAUCUUUUUGAAAUAUACAUUUCCUUGAGACAGGUCAAUGUCUAUAAAACAACCAAUAAAGUACCGGUCGAACUGAAGGAUCAUAUGAAUGAAGAAACAUUUUUCAAAGCACGCAUUUAUGGUUUAGACAAGGAACAAUUUGGAAUUUUCAAAAGUAUUCUAUUGGAUGUAAUCGUUAUUCCGUUGGAACUGUAUUGCGGCAUUAUCUCCCUAUUCUGGCAAACAUCGUUGCAUAUUGUUGACAAAUUGAAUUUCGAUGUCAACAAUGAAAUCCUUGUGAGCUGUGUUUUUGUUGUUGUCAUUGGAUUAUACGGUUAUGUUAAGGAGCUGCCCUUCAAAGUAUAUGGAACCUUUGUGCUGGAAGAAAAACAUGGCUUCAACAAACAAACACCGGGCUUCUUUGUGUGGGAUCAAAUCAAAGGACUGUUGUUGAGCAACAUUCUCACCGUUCUGCUGUCGGCUGCUGUGGUCUUCAUUGUACAGUGGGGUGGGGAAUACUUCUUCAUUUAUUUGUGGGCAUUUGCUGGUAUUAUCUCUUUGGUCUUGCUGACAAUUUACCCCAUAUUUAUUGCACCUUUGUUCGAUAAAUACACACCACUGGAAGAAGGAGAUCUUCGCACUGCAAUUGAGAAAUUGGCUGCAUCUUUGAAAUUCCCACUUACCAAAUUGUAUGUGGUUGAAGGAUCGAAGCGUUCGUCACAUAGCAAUGCUUACUUCUAUGGUCUGUGGAAUUCCAAACGUAUUGUUCUUUUCGACACAUUGCUGUUGAACAAGGGAAAGAAAGAUAACACUGAAGUUAAAAAGGAAGACGAAGGCAAGGGCUGUACCAAUGAUGAAGUCGUUGCUGUCCUUGGUCAUGAGCUUGGCCAUUGGAAGUUGGGACAUGUUACCAAGAAUAUUGUAAUUAUGCAAGUUAAUCUCUUGUUAUUGUUCUUCGUCUUCAACUAUUGCUUCAAAUAUGCCCCUUUCUAUGAGGCAUUGGGAUUUGCUCCAGGUGUACGUCCUAUUCUGGUUGGUCUCUUCAUUGUCCUGACCUAUGUCAUGGCACCAUAUAAUGCCAUUUUAAGCUUUGCCCUGACAAUUCUUUCCAGACGUUUUGAGUAUCAAGCUGAUGAGUUUGCCCAGAAAUUGGGUUAUGCCGAUCUUUUGCAAAAGGCUUUGAUCAAAUUGAAUUUGGAUAAUUUGGGCUUCCCCGUCCAUGACUGGCUAUAUUCGUCAUGGAAUCAUUCACAUCCUACGUUAUUGCAGCGCAUGAAUCGACUAAAAGUAUUGGAAGCCAAAGACAAGAAAAGUCAGUAGAGGAGUAGAAAGUGGAGAUGUGCUUUUGAUUUGCACAAAAACUAUAAAACUGGGGCUGGAUUCUUGUUCCAUGAAAAUAUAAAAUGAAAAAUAUUUUCUUUAUAAAAUUUUUCAUUUGACAUUUCGUUUCUUUAUAAAAGUUUUCAUUUCACAUUUUCAUAGAACAAGAAUCGAGGCCCUGCUUUCCAAAUAUUUUCACUGAAAAACCAUUUAUAAACUUUUUUUAAAAAAAGAACACUUUUUUAUUGUCUAUAAAUAUUGUAAUAUUCCUUUGUAUAGCGCUUGUGAGAUUUCAUAAGCAUUUAGAAUUAUAACAAUGUUUUUUAAAUUUAAUUUUCAAUAAAAUUUCAGUACAAACAA